CACACACACACAAUCACACAUCAGUAGAUAUCAUUAGAUAAUACAAUAAGUAAAGGGAGGCAGUGGGAGAGAGAGAGAAAGUGAGGUUACAUUUUUAGCUUUCAGCAGUUUUCCACUUCAACACCACAUAACAAGAUUAACAUGGCUGGAGAGAAUGCUAAAUUUAAGUACACGGUUAAUAAUAACCAGUUACUGACUUCACAGCAACGUUCUUUCUAUGAAGAUAAUGGUUUUCUUGUGAUAAAGAAUCUGGUAUCUAAGGAAAAUCUUUCACAGUAUCAAGAAAGAUUCAAGCAGUUGUGUACUGGAGAAGCUCCUACACAUGGCAUGGACAUUAUGAAAGAUAUUGCAGCUGACAGACCAGAAUAUGUUCCUGGGAAGAAAGCUAUUGCUAAACUACAAGGUUUCCAAGACGAUGAAGUCUUAUUUGAAUAUUGCUGCCUGCCAGAGAUUGUAAAAUACACUGAGUCAAUUAUUGGCUCUAACAUAAUGGCAAUGCACACCAUGUUUAUCAAUAAACCGCCUGAUUCAGGUUUAAAAACAACAAGACAUCCAAUGCACCAAGAUUUGCAUUAUUUCCCAUUCAGACCACCUGAGAAAAUUGUUUGCUCAUGGACACCACUCAUAAAAGUGAACAGAGAGAAUGGAUGCUUAGUUGUUAUUCCAGGCUCCCACAAAAGGCCUUUGCAACCCCAUGGAUAUCCUAAUUGGGAGAAUGGUGUGAACAAAAUGUACCAUGGUAUUUUGAACUAUAAAAUAGAAGAUAACAAAAUACACUUGGAUAUGGAACCAGGGGACACUGUGUUCUUUCAUCCAUUACUCUUCCAUGGGUCUGGACAGAACAGAACAAAUCAAUUUAGAAAGUCAAUCAGUUGCCAUUUCGCCAACUCCAGUUGCCACUACAUAGAUAUCAAAGGUACAACACAUGAGAAUAUUGCAAAGGAGAUAACUGAUGUUGCCAGGCAAAAAAUUACAAAAAUAUUUGGUGAACAAGAUGCACAAGACAAGGAAGUUUCAAUACAGGAAACUUGGCAGAUAAGAGGUCGGCUGGUGAAAGGGAUACAAGCCAAUUUAUAACUGAAUUGAUGAAUUUGACAUUUUGUGAUUUUUUGAAUAUUCUUUAGAGAACACUAACAAAUAAUUUUAAUAAAACUUAAUUUUUGUUUUGUUGACUUAAACUAAAAAAAAUUUUGAUUAUUGAAAUAUUUGAUAUUUUAUAAAGGUGCUACUUGUGGUUCACCACAGCAUCUAUGGUGUACACUGCCAAAUGACCAAAUUUGGGUUAGGAAUUGGGUUAAGGUUAGGGUUGGCUUUAAGGUUUGGGUUAGGGUUUAAUUGCAUGCUAAAAUGUAAACAGCCAGCCAGACUACACACUAAAGUGGCACCUAGUAUUUUGAUUCUGAAGUUAUAGCUAUGUUUGUAUUAAUUUUUUUUAAUAAUUUUAUUUUUAAAAAUAGUCAUUAAUUGUUUAACUAACUACUGGUUAUUAGUUAUAUAUAAAGUUCUCACUGAAGAAUUAAAGAUGAUUUAUUUUGUUGAAUUGUGACAUAAAAAGAGGAGAGGGAGAGUGUUUAUUUGUGAAUUGAUGGUAAUAUUCUAUUGAAUAAAUAAUCAGAAGUUUAAUUUUUUAUCAUUCACAUUAUUCUGUUAAAAGUAAUGCUUUUUAUUCACAUUGCUUUGAAUUAAUCAUGCAUUAUUUUGUAACUUUGAGAUUUUGUAUGAGGCAACUGUUAAUUUUUAGAAUGAUAUUGUAGGGUUGGUGUAAGAAGCCAUAUCUGACCAGUUUCAAUAUAAAACAGAUAGAAUAUUUUGGUUAGAUAUGGCUAGUUUGAAUGCUAAAGUGUUAAGUAUUCUAAUUAAUCUCUAAAACGCCCACCAGCAUGAUUAACCCCAUGACAACAGUUUGCACUGACAGUAAUCAUCUUGGCCAAGAUCAGCAAUUAGCACACGACAACGGUUCGGUGUAUAUUUACGUGAACCACUUUAAAGCAUGCAUUGUUUAUUUAUGUAAACUGUCAACACUUGACAGAACACUCCUGCGGUAUUACUGUGGAAAUAAGAUUACUCGACAGCAGGAGAAGAAUUUGCUGAACGUAUACAAAUUUGAUAGGAAAUCAUAGUGGAAAUGGUGGUGCAACCACCAAAACUGCUGCUUUUAUACUAUUAUGGUGAUGAAGUCUCGAACUGAUUUGGAAAUAUUUACAUGAAGAGUCUAACAAACCUAUCAGAUACCUUGAAAUUUGCAUGGUGGCCUCUAUUAUCGAUUUCAUGAGUGAUAGCUGAUAUUUAUAUCAACCGGUGCAUAAACAGGUACAAAACCAUGGCAGAUGAGGCUGUGUAUAUUUUCUUCAUUUGAUUCAAAGCCAGUACACAGCACAUGUAAACACAAUAUCAACUGAUAUCAUGGGGUUAAAUACAAAACACAUUGAUAUUUUUGAUACAGAUUACUUUUGUAUUUUGUUGUUUGGUAAUCGUUUUAUAAAUUUUUGUUAUAACUUUUUAAGUGAUUAAAAUGCUAUCAGAAUAAUUUGGGGAAUAAAUCAUUGAGUUCCA